AUGGAUGGCGGAGCAGCCGGCGAUUCUAGCGCCACCUCCGCCGUGUCACAGCUAACCCACGCCAUGUGGCAGCGGUACCAAUAUUUCUUGGACAAAUCAACGCCGCUAGUGCUGUACCGUUGGAUCUUCCUGUUGGUGAUUGCACUCAUCUACGCCAUGCGUAUGUACGUUGUUCAGGGGUACUACAUCGUCACGUACGGGCUGGGAAUCUACAUCCUGCAGCUGCUGAUUGCGUUCCUUUCGCCCCAGAUAGACCCCGAGAUCCAAGAGGUGACCGAUGGGCCCGCCCUUCCGACCCGAGGCUCCGACGAGUUCCGGCCCUUCGUCCGUCGCCUCCCUGAGUUCAAGUUCUGGUGA